AUGAACCGGCCACUUUUGUUCUGCUUCGUCUUCCUUUCAAGCAUUUUUUCACUUAUACACGCCCACUCGGUAGCCCCCGGAGCUAGUCUCAACAAUUGUCAGAACCUGGAAAGGGUCAACCGCACCCUCCACCACGUCUCCCCGAUCCUUGAGAGGCUCUCUCAGAUUAGUGCGGGUAAUGGCAAGGAAGUGACGCCCGCCCAAAAUGGAACCGUCGGCGCCACCCAUAAAAGAGGCCUUAGCGAUAAACUCCAACAAAUCCAAUCCGCAGAGGCGCGACUCAAGCAAUCCAAGGAAAAGGUUUUGAGCAAGAUGACGACCUGCCAAGAACCCAACGUGGGCGCAAACGAUGUAUUGCAAAGUACUAGGCGGGAUGAUGAAGAAAAGUGCACACUUGACGAAGUAUUGGAAGAAUUGUUGGAUGAGGUAACGGAUACGCUGGAUUGUCUGUUGUCAGUUACUUUUCCGUUGUUGGGAGGUGUGGUGGAUAUGGUGUCCAAUAUACUAGGUGGAAUUGUGAACUUGGCUACCGAUCUGCUUGAUCUUGAUUAA